ACCUUCUUAUAACGUCACCAAAAUCACACCAUUUUUCUACUUCUUCGGUUUCCUCAUAUCCUCCUCAAAUUCUCAUCUGGGGUUGCUCAAUUUGUUGAAAUCUAAUCACUUUUCUCUUCAAAAAAUCAAUUCUUGAUUCUAAAAAAAUGGUGCGUGUGAGUAACAAUUUAGUAGGAAUUCUAAACAUAAUCACAUUUCUAAUUUCAAUCCCAAUUAUUGCUGGGGGGAUAUGGCUAUCAAGACAAGCAAAUACAGAAUGCGAAAGGUUUCUUGAAAAACCUGUGAUCGCACUUGGAAUAUUUGUCAUGUUAGUUUCACUAGCUGGAUUAAUUGGUUCAUGUUGUAGAGUUUCAUGGCUUCUUUGGGUUUACCUUUUCGUUAUGUUCUUGUUGAUUUUGUUGAUCUUUUGCUUCACUAUUUUUGCAUUUGUUGUGACUAAUAAAGGGGCUGGUGAAGCACUUUCUGGUAAAGGGUAUAAAGAGUAUAGGCUUGGUGAUUAUUCUAAUUGGUUACAGAAAAGAGUUAAUAAUCAUUGGGGUAGGAUUCAGAGUUGUUUGCAGGAUAGUAAGAUCUGCAAAACUUUAAUUGAUGAUGGGUCUAGCACAAAAGUUGAAGAUUUUUACAAGAAACAUCUCUCUGCUCUUCAGUCUGGUUGCUGCAAGCCAUCAAACGACUGCAACUUUGCCUAUGUGAGCCCGACCAACUGGACCAGGACUGCAAGUUCAUCCUCAACCAAUCCAGACUGUGGCCUGUGGAACAACGAUCCAAAUGUCUUGUGUUACGGCUGCCAAUCCUGCAAAGCCGGGCUGUUAGACAAUAUCAAGAGUGACUGGAAGAGGAUAGCUGUACUCAACAUCAUAUUCCUCGUCUUCCUCAUCGUCGUCUACUCUGUUGGAUGUUGUGCCUUCAGAAACACCAGGCGCGACAAUUCUUAUAAACGUUACCCUUGAUAGUGUUACUUCAAUCUUAUAGUGCUUUCACGAUACCCCUUUGGUCAUUUUUGUCGCGUAUUAUAUGGAGUAGAACAUUUAGUAUGUUCAUGUACAGAGUAUUUGUUGGACUAGUUUAUUACUUUGGGUAUAUGUGAAUUCAUACUAAUACACGAGUUUGUUGUUUAGAAUAUGACAAUUGGUUGGAGAUAACGAGUGCUUUGUUCCUUGAUUAAAUCAUGAAUUCGUCGAGUCUUGCAUCUUUUUCUAACAAACAGUUAUUUUAUUUGGUA